AUGGGAGAGGCGCUAAGUAAGUUAGUGUCGGCGGGCGGCGUGCAAGGCGGGGGUUCCGUUCUCGACCGAGUCAUUUCCCAGCCUAGUAGCGAAGACCACACAGUACUUUAUAAACUCGCCGAUUAUAAAAAAGGGGGUCUGCUCCUCGAGACGUAUGCUAAAGGUGGAAUGAUGGCUGCAGAGAAGUUGAUCCGGGAUGAGUUUGCAUCGUACAUGUAUGCUGGCGGCAGGGGACGGGUCAUCAACCGCGCGGAGUACUUGCGGUGGAAGUUCAGGGAUCAGGAGCAGGUGGUGUUACCAAUCGAAGCGUCCCUGUCUCCUCACGACCCUCUCGCGAAGUGGGAGGAUCACACGGCUUGUUGGCAAAUGUGCUACCGAGGCGCUCUGGGAGAGUCACUACUACAUGUUCUCAUCAUUUGUGAUACUAAGAUUCACACAAGAUUAGCCAGAACGCUAGUGAAAUGUUUUCCAAGACUGUCACUAGAUGUCGUGGAGGGCGAAGAAUAUUUAGGAGCCAGUUCUCUGCACCUGGCUAUAGCCUACAGCAACAAUGAACUUGUUCAAGACUUAGUGGAGGCAGGAGCUGACGUCAACCAGAGAGCUAUUGGCAGUUUUUUUUUACCUCGCGACCAGCAACGCGUGCCUCCAGCUAGACAGACAAACUAUGAAGGUCUGGCGUAUUUAGGCGAGUACCCCUUAGCCUGGGCCGCUUGCUGUGCUAACGAGGGGGUGUACAACCUACUUUGUGAUUCUGGCGCAGAUCCGGACGCGCAGGAUUCGUUCGGAAACAUGAUAUUGCAUAUGGUGGUCGUUUGCGACAAACUGGACAUGUUUGGAUACGCGCUCCGUCACCCGAAAGUUCCAGCUAGUAAUGGCCGGAUGAACCUGGCUGGCUUCACACCAUUGACCUUGGCCUGUCAACUGGGCCGAGCAUCGGUCUUCAGGGAGAUGUUAGAACUAUCUGCCAAGGAGUUCUGGCGAUAUUCUAAUAUCACCUGCUCUGCUUAUCCUCUCAACGCACUGGACACUUUAUUGCCUGAUGGAAGAACCAAUUGGAACUCUGCGUUGUUUAUAAUCCUGAACGGUACGAAACAAGAGCAUCUGAACAUGUUGGACGGAGGUAUCAUACAGAGGCUGCUAGAAGAGAAAUGGAAGACAUUUGCCAGGAACAAAUUCCUUAAACGUCUCCUAAUCUUGAUGCUGCACCUCCUCUUGCUAUCACUCUCGGUAUACCUUCGACACAGCAGUGCGGAAGCCGAUGCUCACCCAGAUUGGGGGCUGGAGAUAGCUGAUGCAAGGAGUGGAAUCCGACUGGCAAGUGAAUUAGGUACUAUCGCCAGUACGCUCUGCUAUAUCAUACUGCAACAAGGUGAUGAGCUGAAGAACCAAGGCGUGGUGGCUUAUUUUAAACAGUUGAUCCACGAACCAGCUAAGUUCAUCUUCCUGAUAUCGAACCUGUUGCUCCUAGCGUGCAUACCAGCGCGUCUGAUGAGGCAAACGAUGCUAGAAGAAGCGUUACUCAUAUUUCUACUGCCUGGCUUCUGGUUUCUACUCAUGUUCUUUGCUGGAGCUGUCAAGCUGACGGGUCCAUUCGUGACGAUGAUCUACAGCAUGAUCACCGGCGACAUGUUCACCUUCGGGAUCAUCUACUCCAUCGUGUUGUUUGGAUUCUCACAGUCCUUCUACUUCUUGUAUAAAGGUUUCCCUAACGUGCAGUCCACGUUGUUCUCAAGCUACCCCAGCACUUGGAUGGCACUGUUCCAAAUUACGUUGGGAGACUACAGUUACACAGACCUCAGUCUGACAACAUACCCGAAUUUGUCAAAGACGGUGUUUGCGAUCUUCAUGGUGUUUGUACCCAUUCUACUGCUGAACAUGUUGAUAGCUAUGAUGGGCAACACGUACGCUCAUGUCAUUGAACAGUCCGAGAAAGAGUGGGUCAAACAGUGGGCGAAGAUAGUGGUGUCUCUAGAAAGGUCAGUGGCCCAGGAAGAUGCCCACAAGUACUUGCAGGAGUACUCCAUAGGUCUAGGACCGUCUGAUGAUCCUCGGUACGAAGUCAGAGCUGUUAUGGUGAUUAAGAGCGCCGCCAAGACUAGAGCCAAGCAGAGAAAAGGUGCAUUGACGAAUUGGAAGCGCGUGGGUAAAGUAACGAUAGCUGAGCUGCGUCGUCGCGGUAUCAGUGGCGAGGAGCUCCGCCGACUGAUGUGGGGUCGAGUGUCCAUCUCUACGCCCACUAAGGCUCCUUUAGGACGUAGGACAGCAGCCCCGCCGCCUGACGUGACUUCAGCAGGAGUACCACUGGCGCCCGGUGCAGGCACCGAGGGAGGGGGAGUGGCACCCGCACUUUCUUCUGCACUCAACGUCAUGGCUUUCACCCAGGAAAUGAACCUGGGGACUGCUGGAACUCCAGGUCAAGAGCACAAGCAACCAACUCCUGAUUUGUUAGUCAAUGGCAAAACAGCCCCAAUAGUGCCCAUAUCAGCGAUUCCUUCGCAACCUUUUGUAACCACUCCUAAUCAACUCAGCGUACCAUCAUCUUUUCCACAAAAUAAAACAAGCUUAGAAGCUCCAAUGAUAGGUGCCAUACCAAUACCUACAACCACAACUCAAAUGCCAACAAUGGGAGUUCAAACAAUGUAUACUGGCGUUCAAACGCCGUUGCCAGGAGCUCACAUGCCAGUACCUGGCGCUCAAACGCCAUUAGUUGGUGGGCAAAUGGCAUAUACUGGUGUACCGACAACACAACAAAGUGGAAUGAUGCCCUAUGCCAGUACUCCGAUGCCUCUACCGGGUACCCAGAUGUCAUUGCCACAACCUGGUGUCCAAGUCCCAAUAGGUAGUCAAAUGCCGAUGGGUAGGGCUCAAAUGCCGAUGGGUAGUGGACAAAUACCAAUGGUUACUGGACUAAUGCCAAUGAGUAAUGGACAAAUGCCAAUGGUUACUGGACAAAUGCCAAUGAGUAGUGGACAAAUCCCGAUGGGUAGUGGACAAAUGCCAAUGGUUACUGGACAAAUGGCAAUGAGUAGUGGACAAAUCCCGAUGGAUAGUGGACAAAUGCCAAUAAGCGGUGGACAAAUACCAAUGGGUAGUGCUCAAAUAUCAAUGAUAGGUGAUCCAAUGCAAGUUCCCGGUGGUCAGAUGGCAGUUGCAAUGCAGGGGCCUUACGGAGCUAUGGGACAAAUGUAUCCAAUACAGGGUCAAAUGUACGGUCCAGGAAUGCAACACAUGAUUGAAAUACAAGUACAGAAGCCGGUUUCCGACGAGGUGUUCCCGGACUAUUUGUUCGAGUUGAUAAAGCUGGCGGAGGACCCGGGCUCUGACAAGUCUGAGAUCAAGGCGCUCGCUGAGAAAGCUGCGGACUUAGACGCUGUGCCUGAGAUAGACAUCAAUGUUUCAACGGCAGCGAGAUCAGCUCGGCGCGUAGUAGCGGGUGCGGUAUCGGGGCUGUUCGGAGUGGCGGCCGACGCGCCCACCGCCGACACUGGAUGGAGGCGGGAGAGGAACGAGAACAGUGACAGCGACCCUAUAUCAGAAUCAGUGUUGCUGGGGCGAGCGUCACGAGCUCGUCGCGCGCGUUCCGCGUCACGACGUGCGGCACCACCGCCUCCUCAUCUAUACGUCCCUGCCAGAUCUAUGUACCUGGUAGCAUCUGAAAGCAGUGCUGUAGAAAGUGAUGUACCACUGGAAGAAACUGCCAGUUCCGGAAAUAAUUCAGCGGUAGCUGAUGUAGCUCGUAUAAGAGCAGCUCGACCGCUGUGCAUCCUGUCAGCAACUGGAUUGCCUGCGCCCGGACAAGUGGAACAUUCCAUGUUUGUUGUGGGAGCUGGCAGUGGGGCUGAUGUUGAAAGUGCGGCCCCAGCCUCAGCCCAUACAGCAAAUAAACUCAAAAACAAGAGACCGAAAACUGCACGUCCCAGAAGAAAUAGGGUAUCUCCUUCACCAGUGAUCGAGGCAGGGAGUCCACUCCAACCUUGGGCGACUGCGCCGCUGUCUAGACUGUCACAGCUCAUCAGAACAUCGAGUGCAUCAACUACGUCCCUAAACUCUCCCGUCUCAGCUGAUGAAUCAGACUGUACACCUCAGAAAAGAUACUAAACCUUUGAAGUAUGGGUACUUAUCUACACUGCCAUUAUACUUGUAGCAUUUCCCCUUUACCGGUAUACAGCACAUUCCAAUUAAAUUCAGUGCAGUUAACUUUCAGCGAUUUCUAGUCUAUCUAAAGUGUACCUUUAAUAUAUUAGGAGUUAAUGUGUUAUAUUAGCUUUAAUUUUACAGUGAUACCUAACGAGUACAAACAAAGUUUAUUUAUUGUUAGUCUGUAAGUAAAGCAGGUCCUAAUCCUAAGUGCAUAACUAUGUUUUCUCAUAUCUAUGUGUGAAAUAAAACAAAACAUAGUUUUAAUAUAAUUAAUUUAUUGUUUGCCCCUAACUCGCCGCUGUGGAAACCAAUAUAAUGUAUUCAAAUUUAUAAAAAAAUGUGUAGAUGUUUACAUGAAAACAAAAUAAUUUUGAAAAAGAAAAGUUCUAUGAAUCUACGUAAGAACUAAAAUGUGAAAUGAAAAUGGUUGAACAUAGACAAAACUAAUACAAAAUUAAAAUCAAUGAUCAUGACUAGACAUACUAUUCGUUCAACACACAAGCAAUGGACGCAUUACACCGCAAUAAGUUUGUCAUUUUGCAUUUAAUUACGAAAUGGAAACAAUAACAAAACAUUUCCGUGAAGUGCGUCCAAUUGCUUUAAAAUCUGCACACUCUUAGCCAGCUACAAGUGUGCAGGCAAAUUCACGUAUAAAAAUAUAACUGUAGGAGACUACUAUUCAAUAAUAAUUAAUUAUGCGAAUUUUAUGCAAACAAUGAACAUUUCCCAUUAGAAAAUAUUAAUUUUGAUCCUUCACUACGCCGAAAGUGACCCUAAGCCCAUUAAAAUUUGUACUUUUCGUAAAAUCGUUAUUCACCACAUUGAACUUUAUGUUAAUAUCCCUCUGUAUUCGUAAAUGUUUUCACGUACUCUCAGUAAUAACUACUAUAGUAAUUGAUUAAUUAUAGUAUAACGUGAGACCACUGCUAAUCUUACGGAGGUAUGCUGUUUCAUGACAAAAUGUUGGUCUACUCUAACAGUAGUAAUUACCUAACAAGACUUUAGAGAAUAACCAGAUAAUAGUGUAUUCCAUCCUUUCAUUUUAUAAUAAGACUUACCAAGACAAUCUCAGUAAUACCACCUUUAUCUCAGCAAUUGUGCUCGUUCCGCCAUAAUCCAAUUAUUAUUUGUAUCAUUUUUGUGUCUGUUUCAAUGAUAUUAACGAGUGGCAGUACUUCUCCCACCUUUAACAGAUCGACAACAAUGAGGGUAGUGAUGUUAUCACAUGAUGAGAUGCAGAUAUAGCAUACACAUAAGAUCAUUAUCAAAAUAAACAUAGCAAGUAAACAGCGAUGUAAAAA